CAUUUUUCGCGGUAUUUUCAAAGCAAACAAUGCACAUCUGAUAAGACGUGAUAAAAAAUCCAUUCCACAUUUUUGUUGCACAAAUUUAUUUGAUUUUGAAUUUUUAAAAAUGGAAAUAUGUUUAAAACCCGACGAACCGGUCACCGAGGACAAUAAUAUCAAUUAUAUCCCGUGUUCCAUUAAUUUCAAUGGCAAGGCAAAGGUAUCAUCGUAUUUUAAAGAAACAGCUGGCACAGAUGGAGAAAAGCUCGCCUCAUUUAGAGGUAGACCAUUACAUGGCUCUGAAGUGAAAAUACCCGAAGGAUAUUGCGGUUAUGUUCUGAAAAAACAACCCGAAGACUGUGAUUCUUCAACGAAAUGUUACAGUAUCGAGCAAAGUUUCAAGAAAUUCGCGUAUUGGAACUUAGAUAAGAAACCAACCAGUAACGAUGCGAUUGUCUCAGCUUUGGAUUGGUUUGAUAUUUCUGACGCUUUACAUUCAAAAAUAGAACCUGGUUUAAAGAACGGAAAUGGAGUCGAGUCGUGAUUGAAUUAUUUGUAUUUUAAUAGCAUUAAGUAAAAGUUUUUAUAUUUUGUGAUCUUUUAAGUAAAAAAAAAAAAUUACAUUUAAAUUAAAAUAAUCGUAA